UCGGCAGGUGUUCAGUUAUUCGAAAUCCCCCAUUAGCAUCAGAACCUUUCGAUCGAAAUUCCAGUUAGAACAGAUACAAAAUAUCCAAAACCAAACCAAAUCUCGUUUAUCGAUUAAGUCGAACCAAAGACAAUAAGCGAAAUUCCAAGAAUCAAGAUGAAUCCAUUUCGGCCAAAUCCAGGUCAGAGUUUUCGCAUUCGCCUGAAUAUGGAUCGCUUGCGGGGCGAAGAAGAGCGCAUUAUGGAGCGUUCCCCCGAUGGAGGUGCAAUCACCCAAAUUCCACCGAUCCAAUUGCGCAUCGAUCAUCAGCGGGAUGUGAAUCGUUUCAUGAUCAAUAUGCGUGUAUUUCUACAUCGACGGAGGACGGAAUUAAAUACGGGAGCCGGCGAUAGUAUCUUCGUGUGGAGCUGGAGGGAGCCUCCGACGCCGACCGGUUUGAUGGGCGAGGGCGAUGCUGAUGGCGGUGGCUAUGGUAAUGAAGCAGGUGACAAUGGUCCGCCAUUGCGGGGACAUCCACCAAACCUCUAGGAUCUGUACCUCCUCUUACCACACUUGCCAUCACUGUCUUUUGCCUCUCCCCUACCUGUGCGUGUGUGAUGUACUUUUUUUCAUUUCCGAGCGUCGUCCGCAAAAAAGAAGAAAUAUGCCAUCAUCAUCAGCUAAAAGGCCCGAAACCUCAAACACAAUCCACUACCAUUUCCAUACUCAUUCCCACCUGAACCAGUAGUCAUCCGAGAAGAACGGACCCUGUUCGGACGCAUAUUGUGCUAUUAUUAUAUCCCCGCUGAGUCCUGGGUUGAUGAUUUUUCCAUCUCCCCAAGAAUUUGAUGGGCUUUGGAAUCGGAGGACAUGCCGAGCCCGGACGCAUAUAAUAAUUUCCUGUUCAAUGGGCAAUUAUCGUAAUAAAGAUACAACUCCGCUACUCUA